AUUAUUACAUUAACGCCAUAAUUAACAGAGAGACGCGCUGACACAACACCGAAUCCCUCUCUCCCGCUUUUUACAUUAACGCCAUAAUUUACAUUUCCUUUUCCUUCUCUUUCGUCCUCAAAAUAGUUUGGAAGCGGGUUUGAUCUGUUCUUGACUUCGUUGAAUCUCAGUGAAUUACAGGAAGAAAAAACAGGUUCUUUGUUUGACAUGAAUUUUUUAUAAAAAACCUACUUUGGCGGGCAGUCUACUCACAUUGCCUUUUGAUGGUCCUGGUGUUCUUCAUUGGCUGCAUGAAGUAGGAGAUAGAAAGAGAUUUGGAGCAUAAUGUUAAGUCCAGGGAAUAAUUUAAGCCGAGGAAGUUUGACGAUGACCUCAGAUAUUCUACCUUUGACACAAUGCUUGCCUUUGGAACAAAUUACAUUGGGCUAUCAGAAAUAUACUCGUUCUGGAGAGGUAAGGAGGGUUUUGGGUGUUCCUCUUGGAAGUGCAGCAGAGGACCAUCCUUUUGGAGUUGCCCAUCCAAAGCCUCCACCUCCAGUGGCAACAGAGGAACUAAAACACUUCAAAGAAAGUGUACAAGAUGCUUCUAGAAAGGCUAGGGAUAGAGCAAAAAUGUUGCGUGAUUCCUUAUCCAAAUUGGAGAAGUAUAAGGAAGCCUUAAGCUCAAAGAAGCGACAUAGGAGUGAACUUUUAUUGAAUGAGAGGACAAAUGGAGCAAAUAUAACAAAACUGGUGAGUCAAAUUCAUAGAAACUCUCACGAUGUUAUGGCUCAAAGGUUGGAGGACAGGGCCAAGAAUGUUGGGCUUAAUAAGCGUGUUCGGACGUCAGUGGCUGAUGUGCGGGCAGAUGGUAGGUCCAUCGCUGUCUCAAGGCAGCAGAUGGUCAUGGAAAAGGGUGGAGAUAUGCUCCAGGACACCAAUGGGGUUACUGUUCGAUUUGAAGAAAAGAUCCGAAGAUUGCCUGCAGGAGGUGAAGGAUGGGAUACAAAAAAUAAAAAGAAGCGAUCUGUUGGAGUGGUGGGUGGUAGAGUUAUAAAUGGUGAUCGAGAUGUAAAACGAACUUUGCAUGCAAAGAUCAGUGCUGACUCUAAGUUGCGAUCUUGUGAUGCUCAGGGUUUCAGAUCUAAAUCUUCACCGAGUGUGAGUGGAAUCAACAAGUUGGAUGGUUCCUUAGAGCCUAGCGGUUCAGAUACCAGUACGAUACUCAGGAAUGAAAUGGAUUCGGGAACUCUUCCAAGAGAUCGUUUGGCCCUUUUGGAGCAAAAGACUUUCACAAAAGGAAGCAAUAAGCCAAAUGUCCAUGAAGAUAAUUUAGCUAGCAGUCCUAAUACAACGAUAAAAGCAAAGGUUUCUCGGGCGCCACGAACUGGCUCCAUCAUGAUGCUAGACUCAUCGCUCAAAAUUCAGUCCUCAUCUUCAUCUCUUCAAGGUGUGGAACAGCCUACAAAUUCGCAUAAAGUAUCUAUGCCUGGAGUGGUAAAUAAUCAUAAGCGUCAAAUAUCUGUAGGUUCGUCUUCCAUGGCUCAGUGGGUUGGUCAGAGGCCACAUAAAAACUCACGUACAAGGAGAGCCAAUAUAGUUGCUCCUGUUUCAAACCAUGUUGAAGGUCAGAUUUCACCUCAUGGUUUCCCAACCAAUGACUUUAGUCCCAGAACUUCCUUUGGGACCAAUGGAUCACUAGUUGCCAACGGUAUAGAAAAUAAUACUCCCAAGUUUAAGAGGGAACUUGAAAGUGUCCCAUCUCCAUUUGGGUUAUCUAAAAGUGAAGAGUCAGGUGCUGGGGAGAAUAAACCUAAAGAUAAAGGAACAGAUAGUGGUGAGGUUACUUUGAAUGCACCUCAGAAAGUUGGGUCCUUUCUACCGGCUAGGAAAAAUAAAUUACAUACCAAUGAUAUUGGAGAUGGUGUGCGGAGACAAGGAAGGAGUGGAAGAGGUUCAUCCUUAACAAGGCCAGGUUUUCAUACAGUGAGAGAGAAGGUAGAGAAUCUACCGACAAUGAAGCCACUUCAGAGUAUGAAACCUGCUUCCGAUAGGAAUAAAAGCAAAACUGGUCGUCCACCCUCAAAAAAGUUGAAAGAGCGGAAGUCUUUAACUCGUGUUGGGACAAUUGUGAAUGGAGGAUCUUCGUAUUUCACAGGUGAAUCUGAUGAUGAUCGUGAGGAACUAUUCGUGGCUGCUAAUUCUGCUCGAAAUGCUAGCAACCGAGCAUGCUGUAGUCUAUUUUGGAAGAAAAUGGAAACUAUUUUUGCUUCUGUAAGCUCAGAGGACCUGUCCUACCUAAAGCAACAGCUAACUUUUGCAGAGGAGCUUGAUGGGAAUUUGUCUCAGAUGCUUAGUGGUGAAUAUAAUUUUUUGGGUGUUCUUGUGCAUAAAGAAGUACCUGAUUGUUCUGGUGAAAGACAAGGCAAAGACUCUAAUCAAGAAUCAAUUAAGAAGGCUUCUGUAUGUGGAAAGGUUGACAUGGGAAGAUUGGAAAAGGGUGCUCCAUUGUACCAGAGGGUUCUUUCUGCUUUAAUUGAAGAGGAUGAAAGUGAAGAAUUUUCCAUCCAUGGUGAAGUGAAGAGCAUGUCUCUUCAUUAUGCCAGUGAUGAUUCUCAUUGUGGCUCAUGUAAUCUGAUUGAUAUUGAACCCAAGGAUAGGGAUAGGGUGGAAUCUGAAGUCGAGUCAAAAUUAAGUUUUCAGAACCAGAAGAAUUGUUUAUUGGAUAGACUUUCAUGCGAUAAGAGUGUUGCAUCUAACACAAUUAGGAAUCCAAGCAUGUGCAAUUCCUUGUAUAGCAACGAACAGUGGCCAGGAGAUGAUGAAUUUUCACAUUCAGACAUUGGGCAUGCCAGUGAAAUAUGUUUGAAUGAUCUGGGUCAGGAAUUAAAUGCAUCUUGCUUCCCUUCCUCUGAUCACAAGUAUCAGUUGAUGUGUCUUGAUGAUAGGGUUCUAUUGGAGCUGCAGAGUAUGGGUCUUUGUCCAGAGACAUUGCCUGAUCUGGCGGAGGGAGAGGAAGUGAUAAAUCAAGACAUUAUGGAGCUCAAGGAAGGGCUAUAUCAGCAGAUUGGAAGGAAGAAAAGGAAGUUAGGUAAAAUUGAUAAGGCUGUUCAGAAAGGGAAAGAAGCAGAAAAGAGGAUCACUGACAAGGUUGCUAUGGACCAGCUUGUUGAGAUGGCUUAUAGAAAACGAUUGGCUUGUCGUGGGAAUAAUUCCUCAAAAAGUGCAGUCCGCAAAGUUUCAAGACAAGUUGCCCUGGCUUUCAUCAAGCGAACUCUUGCUAGAUGUAGAAAAUUUGAAGAUACAGGUAGCAGUUGCUUCAGUGAGCCUGCAUUGCAGGAGAUCAUCUUCUCCACGCCGCCAUGCAACAAUGAUGCCAAAUCUGUUGAUUGUGUUGGUUCAGGAACUGCAAGUAACACAUGCAAUGAAGUUUCUAACCAUAAUGCUGAAGCCAGAGGAUCAGGUACCGUAUCUAGUGCCUUCGAAAGAUAUGAUUCACAUGGUGAUUACUUUGAUAGAGGUAAGAAGAGGGAAGCCCUUAUUGAUGAUGUUAUUGGCAGUGCUUCAUCAAGGGUAACAUCUACCCUUGACAGUGCUGUGCUAAAAGGCAAGAGAAGUGAUAGAGAUAAGGAUCUAAACAAGGAUAGCACAAGAGUUAAUUCUGUUUCUGGAACAAGUCGCUCGUUGUUGGAUGGCUUUAAAAAUGAGCGCAAAACAAAAUUAAAGCCCAAGCAAAAGAUUAAUCAUUUGUCAACAUCAGGAAACGGAGCUCGUGGAUCUAGCCAUUCAGGGGCUAAUGCUAGUAACAAAAUAAAUAGAGAUUCUGGGUCCAUGUCUCUUGGUAACAUCACUCAGGAUGGUUCUAAAGAAGCUGAUGAACCCAUGGAUUUUUCAAACUUGCAGCUACAUGAAUUGGAUACAAUUGGAUUAGAAGUUCCAAAUGAUCUUGAUGGGCCGCAAGAUCUCUAUUCAUGGUUGAAUUUCGAUGAUGAUGGCUUACAGGACCAUGAUUCUGUAGGUCUUGCAAUACCAAUGGAUGACCUUACGGAGUUGAAUAUGAUUAUGUAGAGAAUUUUUACACUUUUUUUGGUUAAGUGAGGAUUCAAGAGCUUGUGAGAUCAAGAAUUAAUUAGUCUAGCUGAGGCAAGUAAAUCAAAUAUUGAAAUUGUAGUUCGUUUUACUGUAUAUAAUUUGUAGGUAAUCGAAUGGUAUUUGAUUAUUUAUAUGAACUGAAUGCUUGUGCUUCCAAUCUGUAAGUAUUUGCAGUUCUCAGUCUCAAGAACUGUAGGAUGAUCUUGCUGCCCAGUUAUUGGAGCAGGUUGCGUUCUGUAUCUUAUAAGAGUGUUAUGGAUGGCUCUUGAAUGAUAUAAGUUGCGAGACAUGAAUUCAUUUUGACAUUGAAAGGUGAACUUUGAAUAUUUCUUUA